CUUAUUCUAUCAAUAUAUACGAACAGUUGAUAAAUAAAUGAACAAAGUUUAAAACAUGGCCAUUAAAAAAAAAAAGGAACAAAAAAAGAAACCGAAUGUUAAAAAAACUAAAAAGGACAUUCAGUCUUUUAAAAAAGAUGUGGAAACUGAUAAUCAUAAAAUUUCAGUUGAAGAACUAUUGGACCGCUUAAAAACCGAUCGGAAUAUGGGACUUUCUCACUUGGAAGCCAAGCUAAGGCUGGAACUUUAUGGUGCCAAUGUACUUACACCAACGCCUCCAACACCAAAGUGGAUAGUUUUUUUGAAAAUAAUGUUUGGCGGAUUUGCAAUACUUCUUUGGGUAGGAUCUGGUCUUUGCUUGAUUGGAUAUUUGAUACAAUUAUAUACGCAACGAGAUCCCCCAGAUGAUAAUCUUUAUUUAGGUUUGGCUCUAGCCGUACUUGUGAUACUUACUGGACUAUUUACAUACUUUCAGGUUCAUAAAUCCUCUUCUAUUAUGGAUUCUUUUAAAAAUCUUGUACCACAAUACGCUACUGUACUACGUGAAGGUGAAAUUAAUACAGUUACAACAGAAGACAUAGUUAAAGGAGACAUAGUGGAAGUUAAAUUCGGCGACCGAGUUCCAGCUGACAUCCGAAUUCUUGAAGCUCAUGGUUUAAAAGUGGAUAAUUCGUCUUUGACAGGGGAAUCGGAACCUCAAGUAAGAUCAGCUGAAUAUACUCAUGAGAAUCCUCUGGAAACCAGAAACUUAGCAUUUUUUUCAACAAACGUACUUGAAGGUACUUGCAGAGGAGUGGUAAUUGCUACUGGCGAUAAUACAGUAAUGGGACGAAUAGCUAACUUAGCAGCCGGAUUAGAUGAUGUUCAGUCACCUAUUUCAAGGGAGAUACAACUAUUUAUUCGAUUCAUAACAAUAUUUGCUGUGAUAUUGGGACUAUCUUUUUUUGUAAUAGCUUUAAUGCUUGGAUAUUCAUUUAUUGAUGCAGUUGUGUUUCUCAUUGGCAUUAUUGUAGCAAACGUACCUGAGGGCCUCCUUGUAACAGUAACUGUCUGUUUGACACUUACAGCUAAACGAAUGGCAUCUAAGAACUGCUUAGUAAAAAAUUUAGAGGCAGUUGAGACAUUAGGGUCUACAUCAACUAUCUGUUCAGAUAAGACCGGAACCCUAACUCAGAACCGAAUGACUGUUGCCCAUUUAUGGUUUGAUCAAGCAAUAGUAGAAUCUGAUACUACGGAGUCUUUCCAAGGAUCUAUUUUUAAUACUCAAGACGUAUCAUUCAGUGCCCUUCUUUUAUGUGCAGCCCUUUGCAACUCAGCAGAAUUUAAGGGAGGGCAAGACAGUAUACCAGUAUUUAAAAAAGAAGUUAACGGAAACGCUUCAGAGGCAGCUCUUUUAAAAUUUGCUGAGACUGUUUAUGGUGGUGUAGGACAAAUUCGUCUGAAACAUGCUAAGUUAACUGAAAUACCAUUUAAUUCUACGGAAAAAUAUCAAGUUUCUGUUCAUGAAUAUAAUUAUGGCGAUGGAUAUUUUAUAAUCGAAAUGAAAGGAGCACCCGAACGAAUUUUAGACCGUUGCAAAACGAUAUUAAUUCGUGGGGAAGUGGUAGAGCUUAAUCCUACAUUAAUAACAGAAUUUGAGGAAGCCUACUUAGAUAUGGGAGGAAUGGGUGAACGAGUUUUGGGUUUUGCCGAGCUUAAGCUUCCAAAGAAUCAGUUCCCGAUUACUUACGAAUUUAAUACGGAACCUCCGAACUUUCCAUUGCACGGUCUUUGUUUUUUAGGACUUAUAUCGUUAAUAGAUCCGCCGCGUGCGGCAGUUCCAGAUGCGGUGGCUAAAUGCCGUUCGGCAGGAGUAAGAGUGAUUAUGGUAACUGGAGAUCAUCCUAUUACAGCUAAAGCGAUAGCUCGAAGCGUAGGUAUCAUUACAAAACCCACUGCUGAGGACAUUGCAAAAGAACGUGGUGUAAGUAUUCAAGAAGUUGACCCCCGAGAAGCUACUGCUAUUGUAGUUCAUGGAGGGGAACUUCGGGAAAUGAACGCAGAAGAUUUGGAUGCUGUUAUUUAUUAUCAUAAUGAAAUUGUUUUCGCACGUACGUCACCACAACAAAAGCUGAUAAUUGUAGAAGCUUGUCAAAGACGAGGUGAAAUUGUUGCUGUUACUGGAGAUGGUGUUAAUGAUUCGCCAGCCUUAAAACGAGCUGACAUUGGUGUGGCAAUGGGCAUUUCUGGUUCUGAUGUUUCUAAGCAGGCUGCUGAUAUGAUUUUACUUGAUGAUAAUUUCGCCUCUAUAGUUGUAGGGAUUGAAGAAGGCCGAAUUAUUUUUGAUAAUCUUAAAAAAUCUAUCGCAUAUACCUUGACGUCUAAUCUUCCAGAAAUAAUGCCGUUCUUAUGUUUUGUUGUCUUUGAUAUUCCAUUAGCUUUAGGCACCAUAGCAAUCCUAUGUAUUGAUAUCGGGACCGAUAUGUUGCCUGCAAUAUCGCUGGCUUAUGAAAAAGCUGAGUCCGACAUAAUGUCCCGCAUACCGAGAGAUCCUUUCGAAGACCGUUUGGUAAAUAAAAAAUUAAUUUUUAUGGCGUAUUUACAAAUUGGAGUUAUUCAAACGGUGGCAAGCUUUUUUACAUUUUUUGCAAUUUUGGCUGAGCAUGGAUUUAUGCCUCUGGAUAUUAUUGGAAUUCGAAACAAAUGGGACUCAAAGGAUAAUGAGAAUCUUCUAGACAGCUAUAACCAAGAAUGGACUUACAGAGAACGUAAGGUGCUUGAAUAUACUGCAUGUACUGGGUUUUUCGCAACAAUUGUAGUAACUCAGAUUUUCGACUUAUUUAUCUGCAAAACUCGUCGCAACUCAAUCUUUCAACAGGGCAUGGGCAAUCAUGUCCUAAACUUUGCGUUGGUGGUUGAGAUUAUUAUUGCUUGUCUACUAUGCUACGUUCCGGUGUUUGAGAAAACAUUAAGAAUGUAUGCUGUAAAAUUUAUUUGGUGGAUCUACGGCGUACCGUUUGGAUUGUUAAUUUUUUUGUUUGAUGAGGGCCGCCGUUUUCUUAUAAGAAGAACACCUGGAGGCUGGGUUGAGCAAGAGACCUAUUAUUAAUAUUUGACGUAAAAAAAAACUAAGCAUUAAUAAAAUUCCGUCGUUGUGCUGUAAAAAUCCACGUAGGCAGAAAAACUAUAUACCUA